GAAAGUGAAGGUGUUGAAAAUGGGAAUGAGUCAGGGAAAAUAAGAUGUCAGGAAAAGAGUGGGUUGGUAAAAAGAGUGGGUCAUAGAAAGAAGGAUAUCAGAAAAAAAGGAAUAUUGGAGAAAGGAAAUAUUGAGGAAAAAGAAAUGUUGAAAAAAAGAGAUAUUGGAGAAAUGGGAAUGCCAGAGAAAUAG